AUGGAGUUUUUUGGAUUUGCAUGUGAACAAAAUGAAGACAAGAUCAAGAUUUUCACCUUGGAGCAAGGAAUGGUCGAGCUCGAAUACGAAGGAUGCGAUCCACUUGGAAAAUGGUUCGAGGUUUCAGAUGAUGAGAUUGAGCUUCACCCCACCUAUUCUAAUAAGGAAAUCGAAGUGUGGGAAGAAGAUGGUGAAGUCUUUGCAAAGGUUCUUGCAGUUGGACCAAACUUGUUUUGUCUUCCAAAGGAUAUUAGGGGAAAGUAUUCGAAAGUCACCGCGUGGUCUCCUCUUCUGAAAUAUUUGGAUGACGAAACUGGGACUUUUGCAGGAAUCAGAGGGAACGAUGUAGUAUAUGUAGUUGUCAAAUAUGCUCCUUGGUCUAACGGUCCAUCGGUCAGAGAGCAAGGACUGUUCAAAAUUCAAGAAGUUUUUGAAGUUGAAGAAGACCGCUGUAUUGCUUAUUGCAGGCAGACGCCAUGGACUUUGGAAUAUAUGGGACAAACACUCACUCAAUCAUUGAAACCAAAACCGAACACCAUCGCAUUCAACCAGUACCAAAAAGUAGACGAUGAUGGAUUUCGAAUCGGACUGUGUAUCAAAUCUUCCUACCCAAAUGCCGGUUUCAACCAAGAACUGAACCCCUCCGAUGGAUCCUCUAAAUUCUGCUCUCUUCUCUUCACUCCUGAUUAUGGAAUUGUGAGAUAUACCUUUCCAGUCAACAAGCCAAGAAUGGUGACAAGAACUGCAGAAGCGGUGUAUGAUGUUGACAGCGAUUUGACUUCAAUUAACAAACGUAUUGGGCAGUGGUACACAUUUCAAGUCACUGAAGCUCGAUCCAGGACCAAAUCUAAGAGAAAAUCAGAUAGUCCAGCAAUACUUCACUCUACCGCUCGCAAAGUCGCUUUAGCUGAUAAUCCAAAAGAAACGGUGGUGGUGGAUGAGGAGGUGGAGCUAGAAUCUAGCUUCCUCUUUGACUACAACAUGUUUGAAACAGAAAACAAUAGACUUAUCAAAAACUGGUAUACCCGGUACAAGGGACUCAGCAGGAAGUCACAUUUCUGGGACGCCGACUUGGGAAGAGUUGAAGUCUACCCAUUUAUUUCCAUGGAAAUCAUAAAGUCUAUUGAAAAGCAUCGUGAGACACUCGAGCCAUCCGAAGCUGAGCUGUUGCAGAAGGAAGCCAUAGUCGUGGUGAAUUACCCGAUGCAGGGAGUCUUUACUGCUAAGAAACUGGAGAAAAUAUGCUAUUUAGACGGAGGUAGGCUGAUCCCGUUGGAGAAAGAAUGA